CCCAUUUUUUUGCACUUUGAUCACCUUCUGUUCUCUCGGGAAAGGGAAGUUUCUCAGGGAAGGAGUGUGUUUCCGCGUUCCCUGCUUAAUCGAAACAAACACACUAGAGUACUCACCACCCUAUAUUUUCUAUUAUUUUCUUGCAAAACUCCGCCAUCGGCAACCUUAUCACCAUCAUCGCUUAAGAAACAAUCGCUGCAAGAAGACGCCGACCGAUUACUGAAGAGAAAUCAAUCAACAAACAAACACCUGGACGUUUGUCAAGAAACGCCUCAAUUAUCCGUUGCGCUAUGACAAGGAUGAAAGGGUCUUCUUCUGGCAUAUCUUUUUCCAAUGACGAUGAGAAGAACUUGGAAUGGUUGCUUGAAGUUUUUGGCUCAAAGAUAUCUCCUGAUGACAUGGCAUCUGCUUAUUGCCAAGCAGGGGGUGACAUAAAUAAAGCUAAUGAAAUACUUUGUAGUAUGCUUGGAAGCUCUUCCAGCAAUGAUUUACACAUUUCAGCUGAUGAUUUGGUUAGUACUACUACACCUGCUGAUACUUGUGUGGGUACAGUUUCUGGUGUAAAUGGUUCUGAUUAUGCAAGAUUGGGAAUAAUGAAUGAGCCUCCAAAGGUUCUUUAUCGACCUAAAACAAGAAACUCUGGCGUAUCAAUGGGUACAGUUUCAGGCAGAAUUGGUGCUGAUUAUGGAAGGUCAAGGCCUUUAACUAAAGAACCCCGUGAAAUUACCAAACCAGUGAAGUUAAUGUCAAAUGAGAUUCCUGCAUCCCAGAUUUGGGUUGAGAAAUCAAAACCAGAUAAUGUAAAAACUGAAACUAUGAAUAAGGAUAUUGAGCUCUUUCUGCUUAAGAUGCUUGGAGAUGGCUUCCAACUAGACAUGGAUGUAAUCAAACAGGUGGUUGGUGGCUGUGGGUAUGAUGUGCAAGAGAGCAUGGAGAAACUAAUGAACAUGUCAGCUCCCACUUUGGAUUUGGGAAAUGCCACUUCAAGCAUGGUGGACCUUGACCAAACAUGUAAAGACUUUCAAGAUUUGGGAAUUAAGUCUGAAGAGAAGCUACAAUUCAAUGAUUCUGCAGGAAGGUCAAAUCUUGAAAAGGAAAUAUUGGGAAAACUAUUUACUUCUGGAGUUGAAACAGGAGCUAUUCCUAUACGCCCAAGAAGAGAACCAAGGACAAGAAAAUAUGGUGUAGUUACUGGACCUUUAGAAGAGCCAGUAACAAUAUUCAAGUCUCCAAUUGUAGAAAAAGAAGCUAAUAAUGGUUGUGAUGGAAAUGAAGAAACUGAAGAUAAUUAUGAGACGCUAAGAGAAGCUGCAUUGGAGCAUUGGGUCACAAUGAAAAAAUACUACAGAGCUGCUGCUGAGGCUUAUGCCAAAGGUGACUAUGAGCUUGCAAAAAAGUUUGUUAAACAGGGACACUUUUAUAUGGACAAGGCUCGUGAGGCAAACGAGAUGUCUGGUAAAAUGCUAACUGAACCUAGAAAUGAUGGGGAGGCGGUUUCUAUCGAUUUAAAUAUAUAUGAUCCAAAAGAUGCUAUUCGUCUGUUGAAAACACAAUUAAAAUCUAUGUGUGGCAUACCAUCCAUUCGUUAUCUGAAAGUGAAGGUUGGGACAAGUGGCGAUAAUACCAAACCAAAUGCACGUAAACGUUUGAUAUGUAAGCUACUAGAAAGGGAUGGAAUAAGUUGGAGUGACGAAGAGGAUGGUCAAACAAUGGCUGUUAGGGUUGAUGUCGUUAAUCCUAAACGAUUAAGUUUUAACAAAAAUUAGCAGUCAGUUACCUUUUAUUUUAUAAUAGAUAAACUCCCAAAAUAAUAUUCAACUUUUGGCGUCCACAAGACUAGAAAGUUGUAAGUGUGAGGGAGAUGCUUGUUUGGUAGUCUCCCCUUUAUUAUGAAAGAAUGCUUGUAGCAGAGGAGCAAACUGCUAAUAUUUUAUUA